AUGAUUUAUUAUAAUAAUAUAUAUAAUUCUUUAAAUUAUUUAAAUUCUAAUAUAGGAUUUAAAAUUUCUAUAGCCUCACCAUUAAUUAUUAUUAGGUGAGCAUGAAGAAAAAUUAAUAAUAUAAUUAUUACAGGUCAAAUAUCUGAACCUUAUACUAUUGAUUUUAAAACAGGAAAUCCUAAACUAAAUGGAUUAUUUUGUGAAAGAAUUUUUGGUCCUUUAAUUUCUUGGCAAUGUAAAUGUGGUUUAUUUAAAAAUAUAGAUCCUAUAAAAUAUACUUGUUUAUGUCCUUUAUGUGGUUCUGAAAAUACUACUAAUCAAGUAAGAAGAUAUAGAAUAGGAUAUAUAUAUUUAUAUUCUCCAAUUGUACAUAUAUGAUAUUUAUAUGAAUUAUUACCUUAUAUAUUAAAUAUACCUAUAAAUAUAUUAUUAUUUUUAAUAUAUUAUAAAUUUUUAUUAGAGAAUAAUAAAAACAUAAAUAAUUUAAAAAAAAUAACUAUAACUCAAUUUAUUUUUGCAUCUAAUUAUAUUCAAUAUUUAUUACAAAGAUUUAAUAUUUUAAAUAAAAUAUUAAAAAUAAAAUCUUUAUUAUAUACUAAUACUAAUAUAAAUUUAGAAAAAAAAAAAAAUUUUUUAAAACCAAUAAAUUUAUUAAAUUUAUGUAUCUUAAAUAAUAUCCAACCCCAAUGAAUAAUGUUAGAUAUUUUACCUGUACUACCUUCAGGUUUAAGACCUUUAAUACAAUUAAAUAAUAAUAAUUUUGGAUCUUCUUCUUUAAAUGAAUUAUAUAGAAUCAUAAUUAUUAUAAAUAAUAAACUUAAACAGUGGCAACUUUUACGUCGUAAAUUUCCAAUAUCUUUUGAAAUUACAGCAAAACGUAAUUUACAACAAGCAAUAGAUAUUUUAAUAGAAGAUAAUUAUAAAAAUAAAAAAAAAAAUUUAAUAUCAUUAUCUUCACAUUUACAAGGUAAAUUUAAUUAUUUUAGACAAUAUAUAUUAGGUAAAAGAAUAGAUUUUUCUGGUAGAUCAGUUAUAGUUUCUGGUCCUGCAUUAAUUUUUAAUAAAAUAGGAAUAUCAACAAAUUUAAGUAUAGAACUUUUUAAACCUAUAAUAUUAAAUAUUUUAAAAAAAAAUAAAUAUAUUAAUACUUUAUUACGAGCAUCUUAUUUUAUUGAAUAUAGCCCUAUAAUUUUAAAAAGACUUUUAAAAUUUAUUUUUAAUAAAGAAAUUAUUAUGUUUAAUAGAGCUCCUACAUUACAUAGAAUGAAUAUUCAAACAUUUAAGCCUCUUUUAACAGAAAAUGAAAUUAUAAAAUUAUUUCCUUUAGCUUGUUCUGGGUUUAAUGCAGAUUUUGAUGGAGAUCAAAUGGGUAUUUUUUUAAUUUUAUCAAAAAGUGCUAAAAAAGAAGCAAAAAAAAAUAUAAUUUUUGAUAAAAAUUUAUUUUCUCCUUCUUCACAAAAAAAUAUAUUUAAAUAUUCUCAAAAUAUUAUUUUAGGGUUAAAUACAUUAUUAUCAUUUAAGGGAAGUAAUUAUAAAAAUUUAAUUUUUAAUAAUAUAGAUGAUAUAUUAAAUGCUUAUUCACAUUCUUUAUUAAAAAUAAAUACUAUUUUUUUAUUUAAAAUAAAUUUUUGUUUAUACUCAUAUUCUACUUUUACUAUAUAUAAAAAAUAUAUAUUAACUUCUUUAGGUAGACUUCUAUUACAAAAAUUAAUAUAA